GACGUGCUCUCACAGUGGCGCAACACCCGGGAUUCUGGAGUAAGACUUCGUGACAACCCAGGGGCCCCGUCGUUGGCCACAUGACGCUGAAACCUGUUGGCCUUUUCUCCUCAUCCAGAUGAACCCGCACGCGCUAGACUUUGCAACCAAGGCUCAGUGUCUGUGCUUGUUCCUCAUCCUAUGCUUUCAUGUGGCACAGGCAGGUGUUCCUGGUCCAUGCCGACACUCGGUAACACAGGACCACCUUCACAGCCUCGAUCGCCUGAUUGACAAUCAGCUGCACCACGGCUGUUUUAUUAUAUAUCCAUUCGUUGAACAUUUAAAUUUGAGUAAUAUCUGUUAUAUCAAAGCAGCCCUCCCACAUGUGCUGGAGCUCCUGAGAACACAUUUCCGUUACAUGAGGAACUCGGACAACAGAAGAUAUGUCAACACGCUGGAAAAAAACAUCCACCAUCUUUACUCGCAGGGAUGUGUAUCAGAAAUAAAUGAAGAGAUCGAGGACAGUCCAUCCAGACUGAUACAGAUGGAAGAGAGCUCUCCAAAAGAGGCAUUAAAAAAAGCCCGAGGAGUUCUCCAGAUGUAUAUGACGCUGAUGACAGUGAGCCCUCGUCCUGUGGACUGGCGUUGUCAAGAAGAAUAUUCUGCCUUGGAUAAUUCAACCCCUUCACCAGAAUCGGUUACCACCACAACAGGUGAGUCAGACGGAGGCCAGACACGUUGCUCGUUUUGUGCAUUACCAGACUCUGCGGUGUGGAGUUAAACUCUGAAGACGGUUGGAACUGUGGUCGAAGCUGAGCAGAAAGAACUGAGCCUCACAGCACUGCCUGACCUGAGGAGAAUGUCUUAUUUUUCACUUUGAAAUGUUGUGUUAAAUGUUAGAUAUUUUAAGAUGAAGUGAAAAAACAAACUACAAAGUCAAAGUCAGGUCCUUUGCCAGAGGGUUGGGAGCUUCAGGAUCUUAGCUGUUCCCAAUACUGCGCUCUUAUGUCAGAUGUUGUUCCUGGUACCGACCACCACCGCGGUCUUCUGAUGUUUGUUCAUCGCUACUUGCACCAGUUUGUCAGUCUGGAUCCGGGUUUGUUUCUCAACCACCUAUAUACAGUAUAUGAAUGUACUGUAUAUGCACAGUAUACGACUGUACUGUAAAUAUACAAAAUAUAUGUACAUAUGAAAAUAUUUAAAAAUGUCGCAGCUCGGCAGCCG